AUUCAGUUUGUCUGCAGCUUUUGUGCCGGGAGUACUCGAAUACCAAAAGCUAUUUAAAAACUUGCAUAAUUUGUGACUCUAAAAAUUGAUAAAACAAAAUGAAAACUCCACUCAGCCAGAAGACGGGUUUCUUUGCCGAAUACUAUCUGAAGCUCAAGGGGCAGGCGGGCGACACCUGCGAGGCGGAUAUAGCCAAAUUAUCGGGGUGUAGAAGCGAUGAGGAGCGCGUGGCCUAUGUGGAUCAGCUGGCCUGGGUGCAGGCAGGGGAAUUCGGAAUUCGGCCGGAAUUCGAUGGCAAAAGUGCCCCCCUGGCCGCGGAGAUCAAGGAACGAGCAACGGCUGCCUUCAAGGGGAAGAAAUGGCUGGAGGCAAUGGUGCUCUAUACCAGGAGCUAUAUGUCAUUGCCCAAUGAGAAUGUUGCUGAGAUCUGUAUCGUGCUGGCCAAUCGCUCUGCCACUCUGUACCACAUGCAGAAAUAUCAGGAGUGCCUGAUCGAUAUCAGACGAGCCAUCGACCUGGGUUACCCCAAGGAUUUGAUCUACAAGCUGUACGAACGACGGGCUCGAUGCUACAUGGCCCUCAAAGACUAUCCCCAUACGAUUGAAGCCUUCAAAAAGUGCAUCACAGCAAUGGACGACUCCGCACUUACAUUCGACAAGAAGUCCAAGCUAAAUCUGGAUGCCAUGACUAUGAUCAAAAUGCUAUUACAAGAUCCGCGCACGGCUAAGCAGGCGGCCAAGCAACAGAAGCAGAAGAUCGACCUCGAUCAGGCCACAGCUCUGCCGGCGGAGAAGGAGUAUGUGAGUCCGCUGGUGAGGAUCGAUCGCAGCCCGCAGGAGGGACGCUUUGCCCGGGCCGCAGCCGAUGUGAAGGCCGGCGAGGAGCUGCUCGUAGAGCGGCCGUUUGUGUCCGUCCUGCUGGAGAAAUUUGCCAAGAGCCAUUGCGAGAACUGCUUUGUGAGGAGUGUGGUUCCUGUCGCCUGUCCUCGGUGUGCCGAUGUCAUAUACUGCUCGGAACAGUGUCGGGACGAAGCGGCCAAGAAGUACCAUAAAUAUGAGUGUGGCAUCGUGCCCAUCAUUUGGAGAUCUGGAGCAUCCAUCAACAAUCACAUUGCGCUGAGGAUCUUUGCCAGCAAACCCUUGGAAUACUUUCUGCAAUUGAAGCCAACGAUUGAUGAGGAACUCUCGCCAGAGGAGCUACUAAGUCUUCCCAAGGACGACUUCCGGCGGGUAGCCCAGCUGGAACGGCAUCAGAACAAGCGCCAGCCAUCGAACUUCUUCCAGCACGUGCUGAUGGCCCGUUUCCUGACCAAAUGCCUGGAGGCAUCAGGCUACUUUGGCGCCGAGCCACAGCCGGAUCAGGUUCGAGCCAUUUGCUCGCUGGUGCUGCGCAGUCUGCAGUUCAUCCAAUUCAACACCCACGAGGUGGCGGAACUGCACAAGUUCCGUUCGACGGGCAGGGAGAAAUCCAUCUUCAUUGGCGGUGCCAUCUAUCCCACUUUGGCCCUAUUCAAUCACUCGUGCGAUCCCGGAGUUGUGCGCUACUUCCGGGGCACCACGAUCCACAUCAACAGUGUUCGACCCAUCGAGGCUGGCCUGCCCAUCAACGAGAACUACGGACCGAUCUACACGCAGGACAAGCGCGAGGAGCGCCAGGCCAAGAUGAAGGAGCUGUACUGGUUCGAGUGCUGCUGCGAUGCGUGCAUCGACAACUGGCCCCUGUUCGAGGACCUGCCACGGGACGUGAUCCGUUUCCGUUGCGAGGCGCCCAACAACUGUGCGGCCGUGAUCGAGGUGCCACCCAGCUGCAAUGACUUUAUUGUGAAGUGCGUGACCUGCGGCGAGGUGACCAACAUCCUGAAGGGACUCAAGGUCAUGCAGGACACGGAAAUGAUGACGCGCACCGGCAAACGGCUCUACGAGACCGGGGAAUAUGCCAAGGCGCUGCAAAAGUUUAUCGACCUAAUCCGCAUCAUGUACGAUGUGCUGGCCCCCCCGUUCCCCGAUUACUGUGAGAGCCAACAGCAUCUGAAGGACUGCUUCCUGAACCUAGGCAAUGUGUACAAUCUGGAUUGAUUCAAAGCUGCUGUCUGCUGGCCGCUGACUCAUUCAAUUUGACUACCAUUUGUGCUCGAGAUUUUUAUUACAACCGUGUUUCACUCACUA